UAAUGCGUGUAGGCAAUACGUAAGAAACUGUGUUGGGAAAGCCGGAAAUAAACUGGGGGCACACACGGCACGUCCGACCGACUGACCACGGCACCCAACAAACUUUUGACCGACCUCGGCACCCAACGAACUUGUGACGCACAGCAUGUGCUCUACCUCUUCUUCUUCGGCUAUCUUUCGCAUUCUCUCUGUGGCUGAGUCAGCGAUGUAGUUCGCGAAUAAAAUCAAUCUUUCCUAUGGAAAGUCGGGGUUGGUGGAGUCAAGUUGGGCCCUGGUAGCAUGUGAUGGCUUGGCGUCUUCGGGUGCUGGGACUGUCCCCUCUGUAACAUCCGCAUUCACACAAAAAGCUUCAAGUUUUAAGUCCUCGGGAGCGUGGAGGAGAACAUGGGCCUUGUCGGUGACAUCCCGCCAUCAUGGUGGAGUGCAGCGCAGGCUCACGCCGCACAGCUGGCGAGCCCUGGCCCAGCGCCUGUCCCGGCGCCGUCCACCAGUGAGGUCGUCCGCACCACCAUCAUGCCGCGCAUGGGCUGGAAGCUCUCUGGCUCUGAGAUCCUCAAAGUCCCCCUAGCGAAGCUGUCCGUCCGCAUGGCCACAUCCAUACAGCUGGACGAUGUGGCCACGCGGCGGGCGGACCUACACGAGGAUUACGAGCGCGCGGCACAGGGCCUGCCGCCGCGCGCUGUGGUGCGGCGGGAGGACCUGCCAGCAGCUGCGGCUGCAACGCUUGGCGCCAUUAGGGACACCCUGGCGCGCCUUUGGCAGAAGCACGGCCAUGGGGGCGCCGCGGCGGAGGCACACGCCGCCGCCGCGCCCUCGCCACGGCAGCACCACUUCUGGGAUUGCGCGGUGGCGAAGGCCGUGGUGGCGCAGAUCAACGCGCACAACCCCGGUCCGUCUCCCAUCAGCCAAGCCCAGCUGUGGCUGGUCCAGGCGCCGCCGGGUUUUCAGCAGUGUGUUUGGGACGUGGUGGUGAUGGCGGCGCUGGCCGCCACAGAACAUGGCCGGGUGCGGCUGCGCGGGAUGACGCGCGCCGCAGCGGCCCUGGGAAUUCAGACGGCGGCGGCAGCAGCUCCCGAGGCUGCGGUGGCAGGUGCAGCGGAGGCGGAACCCGAUCUUGACGAGAUCCCGCCCACACAGCUGACGCCGCCGCAGCCAGGCGUCAACCCCGUCGAGCUUGCGUGCGCUCGCGCCGUCGCGGACUUCUGGUCGCGGCUGAUGCAGUUCGCGCAGCUCGGCGUGCCCCACAAGGGCUGGGAUGGUGUUGACGCCACUCACCCCAUCCUGGCGGUGGUAAACGGUGAAAUGCUGUGCGCGAUGCCGCAAGCUAUGGAGCUGGAGGCUUGAAAGGGAUCAGCCCUUAGGAGAAGCGCGUGAGCACUAACAUGAGCCACUGAAGCAGUGGCAUACGAGAGGGUCAGCGGGGGAGCUUAGUGGGCAGGCGAAGGGUUUUUUGUUUUACGCCCGUGGGAGCAGGGCAAGGUUUGUGGGGUUUUAUGCCUGAGAGGGUGUGUUGGGUGCUGCAACACCCCGGGCCUUACGGCCUGGACCGGCCUAGUGGCCAGACGCGUUUGUGGCUGCCCUUAGGCAUAGUCUGCCCUGGCGUCGAGAGCUGGUUAGGUUGCGGUUGAGGUCGUGCAGGCUGCGGGGUCGCAGGACUCAGCCCCACAGCCACUGUGGUCGUGCUAUCGCGUGCUGUCGUGUGCUGCGUGCUGCGUGUUUUGUUAUGUUUGCUGUUUUUUUGUUUUCUGCCCGCCUGGUCUUAAGAUGUAGCUCGCCCGCUGGGUCUGAGGUUGUUACACCGGUAGUAAUUCCGCAAGGGUUACUGGCGCGGUGAAGGGUCGGAGUGCGUUACCCUGUGGACUCCAGAGCUGUUUGCGCUCUGCCGGGGAAACGCCAGGUCACGGCAGCCCUCGAUUGAGAGCCCUGUCGUUGGUUAUACCAGAUACACGAUUCACGUGAUCUGGCAGAAUAACCGUGGAAACCGUA